AGGCCCGGUGCAUGGCGGUCAGGCGGCGGACUUGGCCCUCCACAGUAUUAUAACAGAAAUGGAAAGCCUUUUGUGGUGAGUUCAUGUCUGAGGAGCAACAUCAGAGCAAAAUGCAGAACUUGGGACUGCAGACAAUGACUCUUUGUGAUGGGACAACAGCUUAUGUUCAGCAAGAAGUCCACGAAGAAAAGUUAAUCGAAGGACAAAUGAUUGAACUUGAGGAUGGAUCCACAGCUUUUAUCCAACAAGUAACUUUGCCAAAAGAGUCUAUCAUGCUUGAAGAUAGUCAACCAAUUUCAUUGGAAGAUGGCACCAUGGCUUUUAUACACCAUGCAUCCAAAGAGGGUUAUGACCCCAACACCCUGGAAGUGAUCCAGCUGGAAGAUGGAUCCACAGCCUUCAUACACCGUCCUGUUUCCUUGCCCACAAGUGGCACCAUUCUGGCAGUGCAAGCAGAUGUGCGGCUGGAGGGAUUGGCUGUAGAGGAGAAAAAUGUUGCCUUUGAUCUCAAUACCAUUACUGUCCUUAAGGAGUAUGCAACUCAGGGCUUCCAGGAGGAAGAAGUGCAGACCAAUGGGAAGGGGCCACUGGUUGCCAGUAGAGACUAUCGUUGUGGGUACAAAGGUUGUGGCCGCCUCUAUAGCACAGCUCACCAUUUGAGGGUGCAUGAGCGGGUUCAUACAGGUGUUCGGCCAUACAGAUGUGGCUUCUCAAGCUGUGGGAAAGCCUUUGCUACAGGAUAUAGCCUGAAGAACCAUGUGAGAAUCCAUACAGGUGAGAAGCCAUACAAAUGCCCAGAGGACGUGUGCCACAAAGCCUUCAAGACUUCUGGAGAUCUGCAAAAACAUAUCCGGACACACACAGGCGAACGUCCAUUCAGCUGCCCUUUCGAAGGCUGUGGCCGCUCUUUCACCACCUCCAAUAUACGCAAGGUCCACAUCCGGACACACACUGGUGAGCGGCCAUAUACAUGUCCGGAGCCCAACUGUGGGAGAGGGUUCACCAGUGCCACAAACUACAAGAACCACAUGAGGAUCCAUACAGGAGAGAAGCCAUAUGCGUGCAUGGUACCGGGCUGUGGGAAACGCUUCACAGAAUAUUCUAGCCUCUACAAGCAUCAUGUGGUCCACACACAUUGCAAGCCAUACACUUGCAGUACUUGUGGCAAAACCUAUCGGCAGAUCUCUACAUUGGCCAUGCACAAGCGUACCACACACGGGGAACUGGAAGCUACAGAGGAGAGUGAACAGGCCCUCUACGAACAACAGAUGAAAGAUACUGCUGUUAAGAACCCUUUGAAAUGGCAGCAUGUUGCUCUUCUGAAGGUGAAAAAUGAAGAGGGUGAAGAUAGCAAGUCUACACCAGUGGAGGAUGUGUCUCAAGAUGGAACAGAGCAGGCCAGUCUAUCCCAUGAAGACCUACAGGCAUUUGGCAGUGGUAUUACCAUGGUAACAGAAGCUGGCACCAUGCCCCAUGAAGCGAUUUCACGAGCAGGCACAAACUCUGUGAUUGUGAUCAGCGCCAAUAAGACCAAGAUACAUCUGCUGAAAGAACAGCAGAGCCUGGAAGAUGCCGUCAGCAUGACAACCGCGGCAAUUCAGCAGGAGUUCACCACGCUUACAACAGCCGCCUUGAAUGAUGGAUGCUGA